AUGUCGGCGUCCCGGUCUGCCAGCAUUUCCGUGACCCCUCGUGGUCCGCGGCCUCCUGUUGGACGCCUGGCUAGUCUUAAGCCCCCGACUUCGAUCCCAAUCAAACGCCCACAACCAAUUGGGCGCCCUCAAGCUUCACGCCCUACGACACACCCGAAGACUCAAAGUUGUCCCAAUCCCGGAUGUCCUGCCCCGCACAUUGUCGAGGAUGAAGGCCAAAAGGUGUGCUCCGGAUGUGGUACUGUUAUCAGUGAAUCAAACAUCGUGUCCGAGGUGACAUUCGGCGAGACAUCAUCUGGCGCCGCAGUCGUACAAGGAUCUUUUGUCGGAUCAGACCAGACCCACGUACGGAGCUUCGGACCGGGUUUUGCGCGGAAUGGUGGCAUGGAAAGCCGGGAGGUCACUGAACAGACUGGCAACCGAUUCAUCAACCAACUAGCCCGAACUCUACACAUUCCCGAGAGUGCCACGAAAGCUGCUGGUCAGGUUUUUAAGCUCGCAGUUGGCCUUAACUUUAUUCAGGGUCGACGCACAAGGAACGUCGCCGGCGUUGCCCUCUACAUCGCUUGCCGUCGUCAGGAUGGCAACACGGCAAUGUUGAUCGACUUUGCAGAUAUUUUGAUGGUUAAUGUUUUCAAACUUGGUCGCACAUACAAAGCCCUUCUUGACGAACUUCGCCUGGGCGGCAAUGUCUUUCUAAUGAACCCUAUCGAUCCGGAAAGCUUGAUCUACCGAUUCGCCAAGCAACUGGAAUUUGGGCAGGCCACGAUGCAAGUCGCCGGCGAGGCUGUUCGUAUCAUUCAGCGGAUGAACCGUGAUUGGAUGUCAACCGGUCGACGUCCUGCUGGUCUUUGUGGCGCGGCAUUGAUUCUGGCUGCGCGGAUGAACAAUUUCCGACGAACUAUCCGCGAGGUUGUCUACGUCGUCAAGGUGACCGAGGUCACCAUCAGUCAACGUCUUUACGAGUUCGGUUCGACGGAAAGUGGAGAGCUUACUGUGGACCAAUUCCGCUCCGUACAAUUGGAGAAUUCCCAUGAUCCACCAUCUUUUACUCGGGGUCGAGAAGGGAAAAAGUCAAUUCGAGCUACGACCAAACACCCCGAAACGGCAGCAGAAAUCGAGGGUGACUGCGGAGAGAGCGACGCGGAAUCCACUCAGCCACCACGCUUCGAUGCCGACGGAUUUGCCAUUCCAAACCUCCCCAUUGACCCCGCCUUGAUGGACAAUCCUCAACGACGAGGAUCCGUUACCAAGGCUGUUAACGAGGCCGUUGAGGACGCCGAGAGAGAGAAGGCCCAACUCAAGGACGUGAAAGUCAAAGGCUCUCGACGUCCAUCUUAUCCCGCACCUUCCGCGGAUCAAAUCGCAUCGGAAAAUGCCCUUGAAGAAGAGAUUCAGACCAUGCUGGCCAAAGGUUCGGAUCUAGUCGAUAGCAUCAUGGAGCCCAAACCAGACAGCACCAUUUCCAGCAGCGUUGAUAUUGAUGAGGCUGAGUUUGCGGACGAUCCCGAGGUUGCCAAUUGCCUGCUCUCGAGCGAAGAAAUUGAAUUGAAGGAGCAUAUCUGGGUGCACGAGAAUAAAGAAUAUCUCCGCACACAGCAAGCGAAGGCCUUGAAGCGUGCACUGGCUGAAGCGACCGCCGGUCCCUCCACAUCCAAGCCUCGAAAGCGCCGGAAGGGGCGUCUUGGCGAUGUCGCCUACCUUGAAGGCGAGGGCGAUGGUGAGGAUGGCCGUAGCUCUCGUGCUUCCACCCCGGCAGAAGCCACAAGACGCAUGUUGGAGAAGCGCGGAUACAGCAAGAAGAUCAAUUAUUCACUACUUGACAACUUGUAUGAUCAGGAUGGCCCGGGCGAUGCAAACGCAAAGGUCGAGUCCUUGAGUCGAAGCGACAGUCGCAGUCGCAGUCGGAGCGUUGUCUCACGCCGCAGCGCGAGUAUUCAACCCGAGCCAGCACGAUCCCGCCGUACAGCACGAGCAAACUCCCGAGCCCCUUCGGUUGUUGCCAGCAAGCCCGUGAUAUUCUCUAACCACCAACCCACUCCUCCUCCCACCGCACCAUCAGUGGCCGCUGUGCUGACACCUCCUGCGACGGCCCCGUCUGUCCUCGUGGAUGAUAAGGAGCCUCCAACCACCGAUCUAGAUGAUAUGGAUGAGGAGGAUGACGAUGUUGAGGAAGACCACGUUGACGACGCAUUCGCGGGAGAUUACCAGGAUGAUUACUACGAUGCGGGCAGCGAUUACGACUACGAUUAG